ACAAAAGUGAAAUAUAAAAUGACAAAUGAAGGAAAUGAACGCGGAUGGUAUGAGUAUCGUAUGAUGUGUAUGACCAGGUAGGAGCCAGGUUACAAAAUGGCUGGAACAACCGCACAAGUAGCACUAGAAAAAGCCAUCGAAAAAGGAAUUCUUGGGCCUUCCCCUUCGAAAGAAAUAAUAGCAGGCCAGCCACAGCCAUUAGGAUUGUAUUAUGACUUAGAUGUGUUUGACAAGGCCCUAAAGGACGUCCAGAAUGCAUUUGGCGCAGGUUUUUUCCAUGCCUCGGCUGUGAAGACUAAUCCAGUUAAUGGCAUACUCAAGCUCAUUUGCAAAGAGGGUCUUGGAGCAGAAUGUGCAUCAAUUGGUGAAAUAUUAAACUGCCUUGAUGCAGGAUUUACUGGUGAUAAGAUUGUAUAUGAUUCUCCCAUGAAAACAGAACCUGAAAUAAUAUUUGCUUUGGAAAAAGGAAUACAUAUCAAUGCAGAUAAUUUUUGUGAAAUUGACAUCAUUGCUAAGCAGUUGAAGAGGAUGAAUUGUAAAACUCCACCAACAAUCGGUUUACGUGUCAAUCCCCUCAUUGGCAAUGCUGAUGGCGGUGUAAAGGAACUAAGCUGCUCAUCAGAAAGUUCGAAAUUCGGUGUCCCAAUGACCGAGGAAUUUAAGAAAGAAAUUACAAAAUAUUUUAUGCAACAUUCUUGGUUGACUGCUCUACAUGUUCACAUUGGAUCACAGUCAUAUAAUGGAAAAGAAUUAGCAACAGGAUUGAGAAAAGCUGUUGUACUUGCUCUGGAUAUCAAUAAAAAAAUUGGUCAAAAUCAAAUAUGCGUCUUCGACAUUGGUGGAGGAUAUCCAGUAAAUCGAGAUGAUGAUACCGUCAAGCCUACAUUUUACGAAUAUGCCCAAAAUUUGAGAGAAAUCAUACCAGAAUUAUUUCCGGAAUAUGGAACUUUCAAAAAGGUCAUUACGGAAUUCGGGGUAUCUUUACAUGCAAAGGCAGGAUGGUUGGCAAGCAGAGUUGAGUAUGUGAAAAAAUCUGGAGAUGACGAACUUAAUAUUGUUUCAACCCAUGUUGGAGCUGAUUUGUGUAUGCGAAGUUGCUACGUUCCCAAGCAGAAGAAGUACCAACGAAGAGUUAAAGUCUUUGAUAAAGAUGGCCGACCAAAGAAUGGAGAGAAAAAACGUUACAACAUUGCUGGUCCUUUGUGUUUUUCGGGUGAUGUGUUGAAGUAUGACGAGCUUUUACCGGAGGUCGAAAGAGGAGAUUACAUUAUUUUGUUCGAUUGUGGUUCAAAUUCGCUGUCACUUGCAAGCAAACAUUGCAGUCGAUUCGCUCCUUCUGUUUUUGGUUACCGAAAAUUGCAAAAUGACGAAGUGAAUUUUGUUGUUUUGAAGGAAGCUCAAACAAAAGAAGAAUUGCUGAAAUUUUGGGGAGGUAAAUAAGUAAAUUUUCUAGGUGAAAAGGCCUUACAGAGGAAAUACAGAGAAAUAGAGGAUUUUUUUUACAAAGUAUGCAAAUUGAGUAAGUAAAAAGUAAUUUAAAAGUUAAUAUGAUCUAUGAAUAAGCUUAGUUGAGAAAAUCCAAAGAGUCACUAAUGUAUAAAAUGGGUAAAAUUUAUGUCUGUAUGGAUAAAAUAUAUGUGUUAUUAUUUUUAAUGGGUAAAAUACAUUUGAUAUGUUAUUAGUUUUUUAAAUAUUACAGAUAGCAAGUAUUCUCUAAAUCUCAAUGUAACUUUUUAUCAAAUAUAUACUUCAGUAUCUGGAUA